CCACGCGCGAGUCGGGGCCUCCUCUCGCCCAGGGCAUCCCCGCGCGGCCGGAGGGAUGCGGUGUCGCCGGCCUUAGAGGGAACAUCCGAGCCCCAGCCCGGAGUCGGCGCCCAGAGGGAUGUGGAGCCGCGGAGGCAGCGGAGCCUGUGACUGACACAACCCCCAGCCAGAGCUGAAUGGAAAGACUGCAGAAGCAGCCACUGACCUCCCCUGGGAGCGUCUGCUCUUCCCGCGGAUCCAGCGUUCCUGGCUCUCCCUCCAGCAUCGUGGCCAAAAUGGACAACGAGGUCCUGGGCUACAAGGACCUGGCUGCCAUCCCCAAGGACAAAGCGAUCCUGGACAUCGAACGCCCCGACCUGAUGAUCUACGAACCCCAUUUCACCUACUCGCUGAUGGAGCACGUGGAGCUGCCCCGGAGCCGGGAGCGCUCCCUGUCUCCCAAAUCCAUGUCUCCUCCUCCGUCCCCGGAGGUGAUCCGGGAGUGGCUGGAGAGCCGCCCCCCCAGCAGCACCCCGGUGCCCCCCUCGCGCCAGGGCGCCGCCCCCACCCGCAGCAGCGUCCAGCACUUCCACCGACCCGAGACCGACACGACAGAGCUCAACAUCUACAAGAAGCCGCCGAUCUACCGGCAGAAAGAGCACCACUCCAGCGCCCACCACGGGAAAAAUCUCAUCGAGGACCUGAUCAUCGAAUCCUCCAAAUUCCCGGCGGCGCAGCCCCCGGAUCCCAACCAGCCCGCCAAGAUCGAGACCGACUACUGGCCGUGCCCGCCGUCGCUGGCCGUCGUGGAGACGGAGUGGAGGAGGCGGAUGGCGUCCAAGAGAGGGGAGGAGGAGGAUGAGGAUCUGUCGGAGGAGAUGAAGAACCUGCGGGAGCUCCAGCGGCAGGAGCUGAGCAAGGUCACCUCCAACCUCGGGAAGCUGAUCCUGAAGGAGGAGAUGGAGAAGUCGCUGCCGAUCCGGAGGAAAACUCGCUCGCUGCCGGACCGGACGCCUUUCCACACGUCCCUCCACACGAGCUCCAAGAGCUCCUCCCUCCCCGCCUCCGGCCGGAGCACCCUCACCCGGCUGCAGUCGGCAGAGUUCGGCUCGGCGGGGAGCGAGAAGGGCAGCCCUGGUGAGGAAACGGCCAGCGCGGGGCGCAUGGACAGAGGGAACUCCCUGCCCAGCAUGCUGGAGCAGAAGAUCUACCCCUAUGAGAUGCUGAUGGUGACGAACCGAGGCCGCGUGAAGCUCCCGCCCGGCGUGGACAGGACCAGGCUGGAGCGCCACCUGUCCCCCGAGGACUUCCUGAAAGUGUUCGAGAUGCCGCCGGAGGAGUUCGGCAAGCUGGCCCUGUGGAAGCGCAACGAGCUGAAGAAGAAAGCCUUCCUCUUCUGAGUCCUCCUCUUCUGAGCCUUCCUCUUCUGAGCCCUCCUCUUCUGAGCCUUCCUCUUCUGAGUCCUCCUCUUCUGAGCCUUCCUCUUCUGAGCCCUCCUCUUCUGAGCC